AUGGAACUUAUGCAGUUGAAGCGAGGUUCCUUAUCUAUGGUGGACUACACUAGCCGAUUUGAGGAGCUUUGUAGGUUUAGGGUGUGUCAGGGUGCCCUGGAGACCUACAAAAGCUGGAAGUGUAUCAAGUACCAAAGGGGCUUGAAGGAUAGCAUCAUGACUGCUAUGGCUCCUAUGGAGAUUCGUAUCUUCUCCGAUUUGGUGAACAAGGCGAGAGUAGUUGAAGAAUAUGCAAAGACAGUAGCUUCGUCUAAGGACACUCAUGAAGGAAACACUAGUAGGGGACGUGGCAAGUACUUUCAACCAAGGGGGCAGAAUUUCAAGAGAGAAGGACAUGCGCCUCAAGGACAAGGAGGCUUCAGAAAGAACACUCAUGAUCAGUUUCAGUGUGGCAAAGGGAGAGAAAAUCAGAGUAAGGUUUCUCUGGAUUUAACUUGUGAUCGAUGUGGAUGCUUUCAUCCAUAUGACUCUUACAAGAUUAGUAUAGGUGGUUGCUUCAACUGUGGGAUGCCUGGCCAUAUUACGAGGGAUUGCACUCAUGGGAAGAACCCGAAUGCGGCUCAGAGUCAACACCAAGGGCGAGUAUUUGCUGUGAAUGCCAAGGAUGCUACUAAGGCGGAUCCGUUGAUGAGAGGUAUAUGUUUAAUUGGUGAUAAGACCUUAGUUUUAUUUUAUGAUACUGGAGCUUCGCAUUCGUUUCUUUCAUUUGACAAAGUUAAGGAGCUAGGCUUGAAAGUGUCAGAGUUAGCAUUUAAAUUGCAUGUACAUACUUCGCAUCAGACGGUUAUGACUAGGUCAGGAUGUAGACAAGUAGGUUUCAAGCUUGAGGGUAGAGACUUUGUACAUGACUGGAUUUUCUUACCAACGGUUGGGUUGGAGAUGAUUUUGGGGUUUGAUUGGUUGUCAAAGAAUUGA